CUUGGCCCCACUGCCCCCCGCCCCCCUCAGGGAUUCAAGCAGGAGUACCAUGACCCACUCUAUGAGCACAGUGGCCCCAGCCUGCCCGGCCCCCCUGGCCAUGGCUUCCAGCCCCCCAUGGGCAUCAAGCAGGAACCUCGGGACUACUGUAUUGACUCAGAAGUGCCUAACUGCCAGUCCUCGUACCUGCGGGGGAGUGUCUUCCCCAGCAGCCGUGAUGGAUUUUCAUAUGAAAAGGACACACGAUUGUAUUUUGAUGACACAUGUGUGGUACCGGAGAGGCUGGAGGGUAAAGUGAAGCAAGAGCCCACCAUGUACCGUGAGGGCCCUCCCUACCAGCGACGUGGGUCCCUGCAGCUUUGGCAGUUCCUGGUCACCCUCCUGGAUGACCCCGCUAAUGCUCACUUCAUUGCCUGGACCGGCCGGGGCAUGGACUUCAAGCUGAGCGAGCCUGAGGAGGUGGCACGGCGCUGGGGCAUCCAAAAGAACCGGCCGGCCAUGAACUAUGACAAGCUCAGCCGCUCCCUGCGCUACUACUAUGAGAAGGGCAUCAUGCAGAAGGUAGCUGGCGAGCGGUACGUCUAUAAGUUUGUUUGUGACCCUGAUGCCCUCUUUUCCAUGGCCUACCCCGACAACCAACGCCCCUUCCUGAAGACAGAGCCUGACUGCCCAGUGCCCGAGGAGGAGACAGUGCCGCUGACACAUUUUGAGGACAGCCCAGCAUACCUCCUAGAGAUGGAUCCCUGCAGCAGCCUUCCUUAUGCGGAGGGCUUUGCUUACUAAUUCGGCCGGCCGGCAGAGCCAUGAGCACUAGCGCAUCCACUUUGGGCAAAUACAGUUUUGUAAAGAAUAUUUUUU